AUGCCUCCCUUGUGGGGUGGUGGCUGCCUUCGUACCAUUGGGUUCUUCUGCCUGUUCACGGUGGUGGAAACAAGAAUCAGAACCUAUUACCUCGGGAUUGUGGAAGAGAAUUGGGACUAUGCACCGUCUGGGAAGAAUCUGAUCACGGGACAGAACCUCUUAGAGGACAAGUUUGCAAGUGUGUACGCAACAAGAGGAGCCAACCGGAUAGGGCGUGUGUACAAAAAGGCUAUGUUUAGGCAAUACACAGAUGACACAUACUCCCAGGAAAUCCCCAAGGCGGCCUGGCUGGGGUUCCUUGGGCCAGUCCUGAAGGCAGAAGAAGAGGAUGUCUUUAUCGUCCAUUUAAAAAACUUUGCUUCCCGUCCAUACUCAGUGCAUCCACAUGGGGUCUUCUACGACAAGGACUCUGAAGGAGCACUUUACCCUGAUGGAACUGGUGGUAAAAGCAAAGAGGAUGAUUUUGUUGUUCCUGGUGGAAAUUACACCUACACAUGGCCAGUAAGGAAAAGUUAUUCCCCAGCUUUGGCAGACUCAAACUGCUUGACUUGGAUUUACCAUUCUCACAUUGACACCCCAAGAGAUAUUGCAUCUGGUUUAAUUGGGCCACUGCUGGUUUGUAAAAAAGGAACUGCAGAUGAGACCUCAAUAGAAAGGACUGGUGCUGCUAAUGCUUUUGCCCUGAUGUUUAGCAUUAUAGAUGAAAAUGUCAGCUGGUACCUCGAUGAGAAUAUAAAUACCUUCUGCUUAGAACCAGCCACAGUUAACAAAGAGGAUGAAGGUUUCCAGACCAGCAACCGAAUGCAUGCUAUUAAUGGUUAUAUUUAUGGAAAUCUCCCUGGCUUGGAGAUGUGUGCUGACACUCCCAUGUCCUGGCACUUGUUUGGCAUGGGAAGUGAAAUAGAUAUCCACGCUGCGUAUUUCUAUGGCCACACGUUCACUAACAGAGACCAGAGGGCAGAUGUCGUCGGUCUGUUUGCAGCAACGUUCAUCACAGCAGAGAUGACUCCUGGGAACCCCGGGAGGUGGCUGAUAACGUGCCAAGUUAACGAGCAUUUACGAGGUGGCAUGGAGGCACUGUAUGAUGUACAGGUCUGCCAAAAAAACCUGUCUCGACCUUCACCACUCAGUCACAAAAGAAGAUACUAUAUUGCUGCUGAAGAAGUGCUCUGGAAUUACGGACCUGACGGUUAUGAUAAAUUCACUGGGCAGGGCUUAAAUGCCACUGGCAGUGAAUCUGCAAUAUAUUUUACACAAGGGAUUGACAGAAUAGGAGGGCUGUACUGGAAGGUUCGCUAUGUGGAAUAUACCGACGCAACAUUCAGUAAAAGGAAGACUCAGCCAGAGAACAUGAAACACCUGGGAAUACUUGGCCCCGUUAUAAAAGCUGAAGUGGGAGAUACAGUGCUAGUUACUUUUGCCAACAAAGCCAGAAGGAGCUAUAGCAUCAUGGCCCACGGUGUGAGCUUCAGCAAACUGUCAGAAGGUGCACCCUACUUAGAUGGAUAUAUGAAACCAGGAGCCCACGUUAAGCCAGGUGAAACCUUCACGUACAAGUGGAGAGUGCCUGAAAAUGGAGGUCCGAGUGAGAGUGACCCACCAUGCCUCACCUACCUGUACUACUCAGCCACUGACGCUGUCAAGGACACCAACUCUGGCCUGGUGGGGCCUUUGCUGGUCUGUCGGAAGAACUCACUGAAUGAGGAUGGGAUGCAGAAAGGAAUAGACAGAGAAUUCUACCUCCUCUUUUCAAUCUUUGAUGAAAAUGACAGCUGGUAUCUGAACAAGAAUAUUGAAGCUUUUACAGGAGACCCUUCAAAAGUAGAUGAAAAUGAUGCAGAUUUCAAGGAAUCCAACAAAAUGCAUGCCAUCAAUGGUUACUUGUUUGGUAACCUGCCAGGCUUGGCCAUGUGCAAGGAUGACAAGGUCUCCUGGCACCUCAUCGGACUGGGAAGUCACUAUGACAUGCACGGAGUUCAGUUUCAAGGAAACAAUAUCGACCUAAGAGGGACAACGAGGGAUGGCCUGGCCUUGUUUCCUCAUUUAUCAGGGACAGCACUGAUGCAGCCAGACCGUGUGGGCACAUUCAAAGUGGUUUGCAGGACUUUCGAUCACUUUGUCGGAGGGAUGAAGCACCUCUACGAGGUCAGCAGCUGCCGCAAUGCCAGCCGAGCCCGGCAGCAGCGCAGUGCCGUCAGGCUCUACUACAUCGCUGCGGAGGAGGUGGAGUGGGACUACGCCUCAAAUAAGAGCUCAGCACCAAAGAUUUACAACAUCAGCAGCAACGAGGAAAGCUACGGGCACAUUUUUCUCAGCCAAGGGGAAGAUCUAAUUGGUACAAAAUACAAGAAAGUGGUUUACAGGGAGUACACAAACGGCAACUUUACGCAGCGCAAAGAGAGGACAGAAGAGGAGGAGCACUUGGAAAUCCUGGGGCCAUUGCUUCAUGCCGAGGUGGGUGACUCGGUGCUGAUUGUGUUUAAGAACAAAGCCAGCAGGCCUUAUUCAGUAAGUGCACAUGGAGUAGAAGAAGUGGGUUGUGAGGAACAAACCGAGGCACCAAUCACUCUCCCAGGGGAAAUAAACACCUACAGAUGGAAUGUCCCAGAGCGAUCUGGCCCUGGGAAAACAGAUCCCAACUGUAUCACUUGGGUUUACUAUUCAACAGCAAACUUUGUAAAGGACACAUAUAGUGGUCUGAUUGGCCCUCUUGUAGUUUGCAGAAAAGGAAUUCUAGAUGAAAAUGGCCUGAGAAAAGACAUUGAUCGUGAAUUUACUCUUCUGUUUAUGGUGUUCGAUGAAAACAAAUCGUGGUAUUUGAAAGAGAAUAUUGAAACAUACCUUCACAAGAGUCCUGAUGAUUUUAAUUACACUAAGAACUUUGUGGAAGGCAACAGCAAGCAUGCAAUCAAUGGGAAGAUUUAUAACAGUCUCCUGGGUCUGACCAUGAAUGAAGGUGAUACGACAAACUGGUAUUUGAUAGGAAUGGGUAAUGAAGUAGAUGUACAUACAGUCCAUUUCCAUGCACAGACCUUCAUCUUCAAGACAGAUAAAGACCACAGAGGAGAUGUAUAUGACCUUUUUCCUGGGACUUUCCAAACUGUUGAACUUGUAGCAGAAAACCCUGGAACGUGGCUUCUGCACUGCCAUGUAGCUGACCACAUACACGCUGGCAUGGAAACGACCUACACCAUCAAUAAAUCAGAGCUGGAAGCCCCUUCAGAAGAAGGACUGACGACCGCAGCUUACAGUACAACUACUGCACAAAACAGGACCACUGCAAAGGAUCCUGACAGCCAAGGGGACAACGUCUUUGGCAAAACUCUGAAUCCUGGAGAAGCCAGCCUGAUGCUCGCAGCCUUUGUUUCUGUUGGACUCAUUCUGCUGUUGACAACAUUGGCCUUCCUCUCCCUCAUCACCCGCCAAGGAAGCAGGAUCCAAUAUCAGGCUCUGCAUGACAAAAGUGCACUUCUAGCAGAUUCCCUGUAAAUCCCCACUUUCAGCACCAUCCACAGAGCUGUGCCAGGUUUCACAAAAUGCUGCUGCUACAACUAGAACAAGACACACUCUGGAAGUCCCAUCCCAUUGCCAGCACUCCUGAGAACUGCAGGAAAGGUCCACAUAUCACCCAUUGCCAUCCCCACCCCCACCACCACUCAGCUGUGCCUGAGGCACCACACCUCUUGGCCAACGUUCCCACUGGAGGAUGGAGCAGGCAGGUUUGCACCCAUGUGCUCUGUGCAGAACCACGGGGCACACACUGCUUCAGCAUCCAGCUCCUGAAGGCACAGGUGUAAGUUUGGAAGUUCCCUGAGGUUUCCCAAAGGGAAGCCAGUCUUACACCAGAGUCUGCAUCAAUGAAUUCACUGGCAUUUAACUGAUUUUCCCUUUUUAUUUUUUUUUUGUUCCCUUUGUCCUGUUAAAUGAGGAAGCUGUGCACUGGGGACAGAUUUUUAAAGGCAUUUAAGUACCUACCAAAAUACUUUAGCACCUGAUGAAGCUCAGCAUCUGCGACAGAUUUGUUAAUCCCUUUAAAAAUCUAGCCCUGAGCAGCCCCAAUGAAGUAAUACUUUGUGAUUGCUGCUCGUUGUGGUCCUGAUUCUGUAACUCUUCUCUGCAUCGAGCAGUGCUUCAUUCCCAAACUUUAAUUGGGAUGCUGAUAUCUGUGCUCUGCAGAAAAGACAGACAGAAUCAGGCCGUGUUUAAUACUACUUGAAUGUUUAUAGCUCAUGUCUAAUUACAUAGCACUCACUCUUGCCAGCCAGCUGCUCACGUCAGCUACAGCUCUUGCAGAGGAACUUCAGAACAAACACAUCUGUGAAACUAUUGAUCCAAUGCUGAUUUUGAAUGUAAAUCCACUUUGCUGUUCUUUUCUAUUUUUUUUUCUUUUCAGUUCUGUAUUUUGAAGUUCGUUCAAAUGCAGGGAAUUUUGCUGCCCAUCCCUCCUUCUGCAGCUUAGCGAUGUCCUGGGUCGAUGCCUGGGUAUUUGAGAUGCAGAAGUUUCCUGGGUGCUUAUCAGUUGAUUCUUGAUUCCUUGUUUUCUGCAGUUAUUUAAGAGCAUGCACGUGAGGUAGAACUGCAAGACUGAGCCCACACAGGAGCUAUGCUAUAGCAAUAAACACUUCCACACUCAUUUUCUAAAUCCCUUGAGCUGAUAAAAAUAGAUACCCCCAUACCCUGUUAUCUUUCUACUUUGUAAACAUUAAGAUUGAGAUCUGUUUCUGUCCAAAAGCACUGCACAGAACACUUGCUCUCUGUCUACAUACAAAAACUAAAGCCUUUCACUUAAACAUUCAGUUAAUAAAGGAAAUUAUUUGAUACUUUUCCUUUUAGAGUAGCUAACGGGUCUGACAUUUUAGAAAAAGAAUCAUAAAUAUAUUUUUUUCCAUAGUAGCCAGCCAAAAUGAUGACAAGGCUAAUAAAGAUCUGGUUAUUUGUACAAACCUUCUGGCACAGCUUGUUUCACUUGGCACACUUCUCAGCUGAAUGGUGGCUGAGAAACAAGAACGAAGCCUCCAGAGGCCCUCAAGGCCUUGGGACGUCAUCACAGUUUGCCUGGGUGACAGAGGCUGUCACAGAGACCAGGAGGUGUCACAGAGAGCAUAAAGCACAGCAUUUAGUCUUACCUGCCUGCCUCGUGCAGGCAGAGGCAUGCCCUGUAUUGAGGAGUUGUGGAAAGUAUCUUCAGUGAAGGGCAGCAUCUGUGAUGGGCUUAAGCACCAGCAGGAAUGCAGAGCAAAUCAACCAAAUGUGGUGCAGUCAACGUGCCCAAUGGACAGGAUGCCAUCCAGAGAGGCUCUGUGAGCAGCCCUGAGACCCAAAAGUUGAAACUGGCAGUUACUGUUCUAAAACCACGGAAAAAGUGAUCAAAAGAGCCAAGCAGAUGAUAGCAGAAUAAACCUUUCUUUUUUCUUUUUUUUUCCCUCAAAGGAAAUUGUGCCUUAUUGAUGGUUUUGAACAAUAGCCUGCUUACAUCUCCAUAAAACAUCUGGGAAGUCAAAGUUAGCUAAAGUUUCUCAAAGUCACUGUAGGGUGAGAGGAAAGGCCCUUGCAGGCUAACUAACUGGUUAAGAGACAGGGAUAAGUGGACAGAUAGCAAGAUCACCCAUGGGGUACAGAAAGAUGGGAAAUCACCCAUGGGGUACAAAGACCUCUGUGCUUCACUGCUUUCUGCAAGUGAU